UUGAAUGCUGUAGCUGCCCCUAAACCAUCAACAACAACAAAUAUGGGCGCACCGACCUGGGUGAUGUUUUCCACAUGAGAGGACUCGCUGAAGCUCGAUUUCUGAAUUAAAGGUUAAGCAGGGUCUUGAGAAGGAUGCUUUUGUUAAUGCAACGACCUCUGGCAUGGCAUCGUGCACUACUUAGAGUCAGCCGGUGGAUUAAGACCCAUCGGUAUGCUUCCACUGUGUAUGCUUUGUCAUCAGGACAAGGUAAAUGUGGUGUUGCUGUACUUAGAGUGACGGGUGACAGGGCUUCAGACGUCUUCUCGCGCAUGACAGAGCCGGCGACGCUCCCAUCUCCUCGUGUGGCCACCCUCAGAAAAAUUAUUCAUCCUCUCACUGGUGAGGGAUUGGAUCAAGGGUUAGUGUUGUGGUUUCCUGGUCCUCACAGCUUCACUGGAGAGGAUUGCUGUGAACUCCAUGUACAUGGGGGCUUAGCAGUCAUUGCUGCUCUCCUAGCUGCUCUCAGCACACUGCCUGGUUACCAACCAGCACAGCCAGGUGAUUUUACAAAAAGAGCAUUUUAUCAUGGCAAGUUGGAUUUGACUUCUGUGGAGGGAUUGGGAGAUCUUAUACAUGCAGAAACUGAGGCCCAACGUAGACAGGCUCUCCAACAGAUGUCGGGUUCACUUGCUCACCUCUACAAUGGCUGGAGACGAACUCUGUUGCAGUGUCGAGCUGGCCUCGAAGCUUAUAUUGAUUUUAGUGAAGAUGAAAAUAUAGAGGAAGGUGUGGUUGCAGAUAUUGAAGCCAAAAUUCUUAAACUUAUUGAAGACUUGGAAUGUCAUCUGUUGGAUGAACGGCGAGGAGAAAGGCUCAGGAGUGGGGUGCAUCUUGCCAUCCUCGGCAGACCAAAUGUGGGCAAGAGCAGCUUCUUGAAUACGCUGACUCGGCAGCCAACAGCCAUUGUCUCCCCUAUUCCAGGUACAACACGGGAUGUGGUUGAAACUUCUCUUGAUCUUGGAGGCUACCCAGUCGUCGUCAGUGACACGGCAGGUCUUCGAGAAACCAAAGACAGUGUUGAGGCAGAGGGAGUAAGAAGAGCACUGGCAAGGGCCCAUUGUGCUGACAUUGCUGUGAUUAUUCUUGAUGCACUGGAAAUUUUAUCUCAAGUUAAAAAGGUUGACUUUGACUGGAACAAGUUUCUGAUUAACUAUUUCAAAGAAAUUGGGAUUUAUGAUUGUGAGAGUGAUAAUCUUCCUGAUGGUGCAUUGUUACAGUGGAUGCAAAAGAAAAAUUAUGUUACUUUGAUUAAUAAAAUAGACCUUAUUGAAUGCGAACAAGAUAGACACAUGCUUGUAAGGGUUCUGAAAGAUUCUUGCCUUUUGCUUUCUCUUAAAACACAGGAAGGGUUUGGUUCUGCACUCCAGAAGUUAACAGAUCUUUGUGCAUGUAUGUGUGAAGUAGGAACUGCUGAAAAUCCCACAUUGACUACAGCAAGACACAGAACUCAUAUUUCAGCAUGUCUAAAAGCUCUCAAGUAUGUAAUAUGUCCACAAAGUGAAAGUGCAAGGACUGAGGAUGUAACAGGUUCAGUGAGGAUAUCAAAUAUUUUUGAGCUACAAACAGAGACUUUGCAUCAUCAGUCACCAUUUUCAGGUAAAGGCAUGAAAGUUCUCGAGGACUCUAGCAGGGAUAUAUCAAAUAAUGUCUCUUCAGUUGAAAUAAUUGAUGGUGAAUCUCUAAGCUUACUACACUCGGAGGAAACUAUGGUGGUGGCUGCCCAUUAUCUUCACAGAGCAGCUACAAGCCUCGGUCACAUCACUGGACACAUUACUACUGAGGAUGUCCUUGAUCAUAUAUUUUCCUCUUUUUGUAUUGGAAAAUAAAAUAUUAUUUAUAAAAUAUGGCUUCUAUACAUAAUUGUAUAUAUUAAAUACAUAAAAUUUUUAUAUCUUAAAUAAAUGAAAUUAAAAUUUUUAGUAGGAGUUGCAGUAUGUGGGACACAUUUUCAGAACAUACUUGCUUGUAUGGAUGGCUUGAGUAGUCUUCUGGGCUUGGUGUCUUCUUUUGGUACUUUGUCAACAAUACCAUUCUAGGGGUUGAUGGAUCAGAGGCAAUGAUGCAGUGGAAGGUUAACUUGUUUAUGCCUCAUCUUGAGGAGAGUAAAUCUGACCCUAGUCCAGAAUAUAAUUAACCCGUUGAAUGUAAUGAAACUCCAAUUUCUGGGCAAGCCCCAGUGGCUCCCUGAGCCUAUACACUGAGAUGAUUCCCAUUUACCAGAAUGCAUGUUUUUUUUUUUUUAGGCCUACCAGGGACCAGGAAUAGAACCUGCCCCUCCCCCUCACAGAGGUGCAGGGGGCUCUGUGAGAAAGUCAGGAAAGAAAGAAAGAAAGAAAGAAAGAAAAACCAGAAAGUCAAAACAAGCCACUGUUGGGUUCAAGAGACCGAAGCCCCGAAACCUGCCUAAUGAACCCCUCCAACUAUAUAAACAAAGGAUUGAAUUCCCUCAUUCAACCUCCCUUACUCAUUAGGGGGAAAAGUGGCUCACCACCUGCCAGGGUCUGAGCUGUCAGUUCAGGAGUGGAUGUAAACACCUACCCGUUGACUUGGAAGGGAGGAGAGAAUAAGAGAGCCUCCAGGGCUCGCCCAGAAAUUGUCGCUUCAUUACAUUCAAUGCUGGUUUUCUGGGUGAGCCCAAAGUGGCUCCCUGGAGCUAACCACCCUUGGAAAAGAACAUGGAAUCUUACCACAGAGGAAGGAGCACCUCGGGAGUCACUACGAAUAGACACCAGGACGAGAGACAUGACCCGAGGCCAAUACAAGGAUGCUGAGGCCCGGGAACAUUCACCAAAUACUUCCAAACAUCAUGGGCAUAAGGGUGGACCUUAGGCCAGCUAGUGAGCCUUGGAACAGAAAACCUAAGAAACAGGAUCAACCAACAAAGCAUCCACCGAAGCAGAGUCGGUGGUAUGAAGGUAGUGACGAAGCGCCAUCACUUGGACACAAAAGAUUCACCCCUGACCAAACCAAGCAAACAUCAGUAACCAAAGGACCCCUCAAGAAGCCAACCAACUCAUUCUUCACCAUAAAAAGAGCUGGCAGCAAAUGAUCAAAAUGCCCACCAGGGCCAAAAGAACAGAAACUUUCUCCCGUAGGAGAGCAUGAAGCUCCCUGACCCGGCAACCCUAGGCAAAAUAAACCAAAAACAAAACUCUUGAAGAAAAAUAAUGGACUGAGGGGGACACCUUGAAACAAGAAGAGGAAAGAACAUGGUCCAAAGACCAUGCAGGCUCAUGUGAUGUACAAGUAGGCUGGGGGUAAAACAAGGCACGAAACAACAUGCAAAAUGGUUCCAAGGUAAUAUCAACACUGAAUGCAAGUUGCAGUGGCUCCACCAGUACUUCACAAUAUGAGGCAAUAGUAUUUGGUAUGAGGCGCCGAUCAAGAAAAAGCCAAGGAGAGCACCACAUGCUCGGAAACUGAUGAACAACAAUGAUAGUGAAAGGAGCAACACAAAAUCUCGUACUGUUGCUGAGAAGAGCAAUGCAGAAGGGACACUUAUCAAAGAAGCUACAUCCUCGCCAUAAAGAUGGCAAUAAAGACGUAUCAAAAAGACCAAAUCUGAAGAGCCAAGGAGAAGGUAGAAUGAGCAAAAUUUGUCAAUGUGCUUUCCUUCUGAUAGAGGCAGUGUCGUAGAAAAAUACCUGGGUUUGGACACUGAGCAAGCAGUGCCCAAAACUAUGGUUUAUCCAGCCACCAAGGAGCCAGAAGGACCACUCUUUCCUGGUAAGACUCCAAUCUGGUCAGGAUCCAGAGCAACAGACAGACUAGAGGAAAGAGGUAUUAAAACCCACACCGCAACUAGUCCAGCCGAUAGGCAUCCACUGUGAGAGCCUCACGAUUGAGGAACUGAGCCACAUACAAAGGAAGGUACAGAUUCCAUGCCGAUGCAAAGAGCUCCACCUCACGGUGUGUACACGUCAUGCAAAGCCAAAGAAAGAAGACAUCACUGACGGUCUACACCUUGGAAAUGGGACAGACUGUCCAUGAGAACAAUGAACACUGCCAGGACGUGGACAGCAUUAAGAAUCAAACUCUGAGAACACAGCAAAAGAACUACUCAAAGCGUCCAGCUCUGCAGCACAUGCCACACAGCCAUAAACACCCAAACUGUUCUGUGAACCCAACGAAGGAGAGGAGACCAAUGACCCUGGCCUCCUUGGUGAGCACUGGUCACAAAGCCCUAAUCAAGAGCUGCGGCAUCCAUGAAGACAAUGAGUGAGGGCAGAGGAAGGCGCUAGGAAACUAAACCCUGAAAAGCCCAAAGAGGAAGCUGGCGAAGGAUCAACGAGUCCCACACCCAACAAUCACAGCAGUGGCAAAAGGGACUGAACUAAAGAUAACACAACAGCUGCCAAAGCUACAUUGUUGUGGCAAAAAAAUAUGCUGGCAAAGUUCAGGCUACCGCACAACCGCAUGAGCAACUACCGAGUAACCCCGUGGUUGUCGCAACAUCAACAGAUGGCGGUGCUGCAGCCAGGUCAAGGUCAAGGCCGUUGAAGGUAAGAAGAGUGAUGCUGACUGAGAAUCCCAAAUGAGCUCCAGCCAAGUCCAAACCUGAGAUGGAACCAUCUGUGACUUUCUCCAGUUCACCAGGAAUCUGAACCGGUGAGCUGGGAAAAAGAGCGAUUUCUGGCUAGCAGACAUGUGGGCUGACUGGCAGUCCACACCAGGCAGUUGUCGAGGUAGGCCAACACCCAAACACCAAGCAACUGAAGACAGGUCACCAUGACCCAUGAGCUAAACUGUGACGAUGUCAAUGCUAUCUGAGCGCACCCGACCCCAUUUUCUGUUUCCUGGUGGAAGGCUGUGAUCUUACCGACACCUGUGUAGUUUUCUUCUUACUAUACACUUUUUACUCCUCAGAAGUGAUGUGGAUGGUACCUUGGUUGACAAGAGUCAGUUCACCCAGGGCAGUCCUGAACUCAAGACUUGUUCCAGUGGGAACAAGUGGACUGCAUCAGUGUAGACUGAAUUGUGUGAUAAGCAGUGCAGUAUUGGUGAUUGGACCAAUACUGGGAUGGCCUAGUUGAAUUACUAGAUGGAAUUAAUGUCCAUCUAUCCUCUAAGUUAAGGCUUGUUAUAAGUAAAGCCUUUAGGGGAAAGCCAGCCAGCAUGUUGCUGAAGAGUAUAAGUGGCAUUCUGAAAUGGUGUCCAUGGUGAUACUAUGGAGGACUGGCCAAUGAUUUACUGUGAAAGGUGAACUCGCUGAUGUGAGUACCAUAGAAGAAAGGCUCAGGGAAGGUACCUUGAGUGUUGUACAAUAGAAGAUAGAAGUGAACUUGCCGGGAUAGAAGAUCACAGAAGUUCUUUUGUAGUAUCUUGUGUGAAAGUGACACCUGCAGAGUUAUGAUCUGUAUAUAUGUAAUGUGCAUAUAUUUAAGAAGUACACGUGGUGAUAGUUUUGUUUAAUGUUGUUAACCCCCAUUCCUGUUGGAUUGACUAUUACUACUCAGUUCUGAAUAACUUACCUAUGACUCGGGGUUUGAUCUGGUAAGAAGAGGCACUAAGGCCCUAUAGAAAUUUUGAAUGGAAAGAACCCGGUUACUGGCUAAGUGAGGCCGUCACAUAAAAACACAAGGAGCCAGAUUGAGACCAAACGGGAGGAUCCAAAAGUGGUACUCUUGCUGCCCAACAUCAAAACCUACCCAAUCCUUGAACCUCCAAUAUAUAAGGACAUGCCAAUAUGAGACCCAAAAGUUCAGAGAUCAUUCAAGCAUUGGCCUCCAGUACAAGAUGGACCUGGAACUAGAUGGUCAUCCAGAAUUAGGGACAUGAAUGAACUGGUUCAACCUCGACAGAUCAAGGAUGAACCAAAGGUCCGGCGAGUCCUGUUUCGUGACUGGAAGGAGACAGGAAACCUACUAAAGUGAUGUCAUUUAGACCGCACUGAAAGCCACCCACUCAGAGUUGACCCCAUGAAAGCAAGGGGAAGAAGAAUGCCUGGAAAGACCCAAACACCCAGAGAGCUAAGGAACUGACCAACUCCACCGCAGGUCAUGGGAAAUGACCAGAAAAGUCCACAAAUUGUGGGACCAGAAGCUGACAAAUGAGACAAGCUGCUUGCCCCCACCGUCCCAUCAAAGGGUCUAAUUGCAAAAGGGCCAGCAUGAUCCAUGAAAAACUGAUGCCUUCCAUGAAGAGUGAAAACAGUACCUACCAGGCAGAGAAGUUCCAGCUGAUGGAAGUGUUUGUGACCCAGAAUUUGGCUCCACAGAAGGUCUAGUCCGACCCACAAGAGGCAAUGCUCCAGCUCUUACUGACCACCUCCAAAAAUGAAAAUGAGACCACGAGAGCAAAGGAGUUCCAAAAUAGGACUACAAGCAGCAGCUACCGAAGGUACAAACUGAGAACCCAAAUACUCAGGAAAGUGGAGAGGUGAAAUAUUGGUAGUAUUGACAGUAUUGGACAAGAUAACCAGGGCUCACAGAGUUGUCUGCCAACAAGUAAAUCAAGGUUUGGGGAGUGGGGGGAGGAGCAAAGAAUGUGACUUCUGAGAGUACAGUACAGCAAUAUACAUGUUGGGAAGCAAAGCUGAUGCAGCUACAGAAAAGGUUAAAGCCCCUGAAUUAGGCCCUUCCCCAAGUGCCUCCACAUCCUCCAAUCUGUAUGAAGCUCAAUGAGGCCCAGAAACCUCACAACUAACCCAAAUGCGACUGGGCAUGAAGGUCGCCCACCAUAAACACCGUUGACAACAAAGGCACCUGGGUAUGGAACUGCACAAGACCCAUGUUCCGAGAAAAAGCAGAAGCCAACAGGCAGUCAUUGAGGGGGCACAUGAGAGUGACCCCCCUUCCCCAGAAACACCUGCAACAUGGUCAACACCUCAUUUCACUUGAGUGUGCUCAUUCAACAAAGGUUGCACCAAGACUAAACGAUAACAAAAAAUUGUUUUCUUCUUUCUAGCUAGCCAGAAAGCCUCAUAAUGCAUCCAAUAAAGAGAAUAAUACCCAAAAAAAAAAAAAGGAAGAGGCGUAAUCCUAGUCUUGCAGGAGGUAUGUGAAGAUUACCUCCCGAGCCACUGAAGGAGGGGCCUAAGAGGAAGGAAACCUCAGAAGGACAAUCCUGAUGGGCCCAAAGGCACAUGGAACCAAACCUUGGGGGAAGCCGCACCUAACUCAUACACAUAAAUGGGAGGAUAUAAAAAUCCCUCCCACAGUUAAAGGAGAAAUUCCUCAGAGGAAGCCAGGUUCCAUGUAGUUGAACAGGACCUACGGGUCCAAAUCAGACUUCCUCCCAAGCCCCAGAAGCUGCACUUGAGGUCCACAGGGCAGAGUCAGCAUCAAUGCCCACCAUCUGUGAUAGAAGCUUCAAAGGAUGGGUUGGGGCCUGGUUGAAAGGAAAAUCUUGAAGCCUUGUGGAACUACCUGAACCAACUGCUUCCAUGCCAGAUUCUGAGGGGCAAUCCCCCAAGCUAAACCCUACCCCGACCCGGAAUCCCUCGGACGUUUCGGGGCCAAAAGCAGAAAUAGGGUGGGAAAUAUAUAUAAAUUAUUCUGAUAUUUGCUUUAAUUUAUUUAUCUUCCAGGCUGUGUGCUUUCUCUGACAACAUGGACAAUCCAAAGUACAGAGGCAGUACGGAAAAUCGUCUCCCUGAAGCAGGGACGAUGAACAACCUGCAACUUCGCACAAGGCUAGAGAGGACUCAGAAGACACAUCCAUGUACCCCAGAGCCCACUGGGGUUUUCCAGGGGCCCAUAGGGUGAGUAAGCCCUACGGGAAGCAGCAGGCAAACUGACCACCAGUAGCAGCCGUGAAACCUCGGGGGUAACAGAGGAGGACCACCAACACAACCUAGUCUUGCCUAUUAGAAGCUAGGCAGACCUCCGGUAACAAAAAGUGAAAAUGCUAGAAAAGAAAAACAAAACCCCCGAAGACACACUACAAACAAACUGGCAGCCAGUGAGAAUCGGUGGCCGCUGCAUGUGCAAGCUGCACUGGCCUCAGUGCGCCCCACCCAUCCAAUAACACUUCGCACCCAGGGCAAGACGGAAAGCCUAAGACCCCUGAUGUACCCCAAGAGUGGAGACAAAAAGAAGUGAUGACGUCCUCAAACGGGAGUGAUUCCCAAAUGGCCCAUGGAAGAUAACCCUGAAAUGCAAGGGUAGUACAAUACUCACAGAGCACCUAGGGAAGAUAACCCUAGGUGCAUACUGCUCCUGUACACUAAGACACCUGGUUACCACACCACACACAGUGAAAUCCAGAACAGGAAAUUGAGGCCAGUGGUGACUGAUCUGACUACCAGCACAUCAAUUCGAGAACUGGAGUGGUGGGCUAACGAGCGGGAGUGCUAAUUGGAUGAAGGGUUAUUUGUUUGCUUACUUCCUGGGGGAGUUCUUUUGCUAUUUUUGGACGUAGGUAGCAAUUUUCACCAGCUUGUGGUCUGUUUUGUUUUGCCUAUCUUUCUGGGUGCUUUUCAAGUCAAUGACAAUUAUGACAUUCUUUAAAUGUAAAGUGCUCGUAGGUCAUUGCUCCCUGCACCUCUCUGAGGGGGGCCAGGUUCUGGCUCGUGGUCUCCAGUAGGCAUAAGGACUCCUGUGACUGAUGACCCCAAACUAAUAUAGAACAUAAGGGUCCCAAUAUUACAGUCGGGUUCAUUCUCGACACACAAUUGAGAAUCCCGGGUGGGACAGAAAUGGUUGGGCACAUUUCCUUUCAGUUAAUGCCUCUGUUCACCUAGCACAGUAAGUAGGUACUCAAGAGUUAGUCAGCUUCUUGUGGGGUUACAUCCUGGGUGGGGUCAGUAAUUCGGCCCUGGAGAGGGGGGAUACCUCGAUAAACCACACUGAAACGUAUAUGAAUACACCCUGGCUUCCUGUCUCCUGACACAAUGAAUUCUUAUUAUUAUACUAGUUCGGGUAGCUUCAGGGAGCAGACAGGGCUUCCCACAAAAAACACACAUGUGCAGGGUAAUUUUUCAUGCUUAUUUUUUCCUUAUGAAUGUCAAUCAUACUCCCUCAGUUUUGUACAGUAAUGCUAAUAUUAGGUCAUUCAUGGUGCAUCAUAGGAUGAAUUAUCACCAUAUUACUUACAAAGCUCUCACCUGCCACUUUGAGAGAGAGUAUGACAGCCCUUUAACAGUGUUCCUACAUCUGGGGAACAAUAUUAUUUGUCUAAACAUUAUGAGAGUACUGUAACAUUCAAGUACUGUGCUCAUAAGGUUACAAGCUCACACCUCGUGUGUGUGUAGCCUCUAGCCCCAGGACUUACUUUCUGACAGUUGAUGUCAAACUGAUUGUGUUGCAAACCUUUCUGUGCCUCAAUACAAGUUCCAGAAUAA